CUUGUAGAUACGUCGAUUUUAUUGUGGCGUUGUUUGGUGACGAAUUAAAAAUAAUGUGCUGUUAAAGUGAGCGUAAAGUCCCCUUAGGUUUUGGAUGCGUUCGUUAUUUUUGCGCGUUAAGCAUCAGCAAUGCCCUUCAAGCCCCCGAAUUUCGAAAACGUUCUGCAACUGAUCAGGACGUGGCGAAUAGACGACCAAAUUUCUAGUCACGAUACCCGAAAUAACCACCCAGCAACGCCGGUAAUCACGGUGUUACCGGUCAAUAUAAUGGAACCGGAGAAAAUUCCACUGGCUGCCGAAAACAUCGACGUACUUCCAAAAAUAACGGAUCAAAUCGAGGAACGUGACUCCAAGAAUAAUACUAGAAACAACGUAUUGUCUUGGUUUCUUCGAUCACUUAGACACGCGGCAAAUUCGGAGACACAAACGAUGCUGCCCACUGAGGUCAGAGUGGACAAACCACCCGGCGAUGGCGGCGAAGGAGUGUGUUCAAUCGCGUCGAGUCCUUUCAGGAUUCUGCGGGCAGCAGAAAGCGGAAACCUGGAGAUGUUCCAACGCCUCUAUAUCCAAGAUCCAAGCCGGCUCGCAAUUAGAGACACUAGAGGAAGAACAAACGCCCAUCAAGCAGCGUCUCGCAAUAGAACCAACAUUUUGACCUUUUUACUCGCCCAAGGAGCAGAUCUCAACAGCCAGGAUAACGCGGGAAAUACGCCGCUGCAUGUGGCCGUUGAAUGCGAAGCUCUGGACGCUGUCGACUACUUACUCGCUGUCGGAGUGAAAAACGACUUGCUUAACGAAAAAAAGCAGGCCCCCUUGCACCUGGCGACGGAACUUUGCAAGGUGUCAGUGCUGGAGACGAUGGCGCGGCAUAAGGACAAAAUAGAUGUGCAACAGGGCGGCGAACACGGACGCACGGCACUGCAUAUCGCCGCGAUUUACGACCACGACGCUUGUGCUAGGAUACUGAUCUCGGAUUUCGGAGCGUGUCCCCGCAAACCCUGCAACAACGGUUACUAUCCCAUACACGAGGCGGCCAAGAACGCGUCGUCCAAAACCAUGGAAGUGUUCCUGCAAUGGGGCGAAUCGCUCGGCUGCUCCAGGGAGGAAAUGAUUUCGUUCUACGACGCCGAAGGAAAUGUCCCUCUGCACUCGGCGGUACACGGAGGCGACAUGAAAGCUGUCGAAUUAUGCAUAAGAUCUGGUGCAAAAAUCUCGACCCAGCAACACGAUCUCUCUACCCCCGUGCAUCUCGCUUGCGCUCAAGGCGCCAUAGAGAUCGUGAAGAUCAUGUUCCAAUUGCAGCCCGAGGAGAAAAUGGCGUGUUUGACUUCCUGCGAUGUGCAAAAAAUGACGCCACUGCAUUGUGCCGCCAUGUUCGAUCAUCCGGAGAUCGUGGAGUAUUUGAUAGGGGAAGGGGCGGAUUGUAACCCGAUGGACAAAGAGCGCAGAUCUCCUCUGCUUCUAGCAGCUCUACGCGGCGGCUGGAAAACGGUUCACACUCUCAUAAGGCUUGGUGCAGACAUCAACAUAAAAGAUGUUAAUAAAAGGAACGUCCUUCAUUUGGUGGUGAUGAAUGGCGGAAGACUCGAUCAGUUCGCCGCUGAAGUAAGUAAGGCAAAGUCCAGGGAGAGUUUGCUGCAGCUGCUCAACGAGAAGGAUUCGAACGGAUGCUCCCCGCUUCAUUACGCAAGCCGAGAAGGGCACAUCCGAAGUCUGGAAAAUCUGAUCCGUUUGGGUGCCUGCAUUAAUCUGAAAAACAACAAUAACGAGAGUCCGCUUCAUUUCGCCGCCAGAUACGGUCGGUACAACACGGUGCGACAGCUGUUGGAUUCCGAGAAGGGCACUUUCGUCAUCAACGAAAGCGACGGCGAAGGAAUGACACCUCUUCACAUUGCGUCGCAACAGGGUCACGCCAGAGUGGUCCAGCUGCUGCUCAACAGAGGAGCUCUGCUGCACAGGGACCACAACGGAAGGAACCCCUUGCAUUUGGCAGCUAUGAACGGUUACACUCAAACGAUCGAGCUUCUGUUGUCCGUCCACUCCCACCUACUGGAUCAAACGGAUAAAGAUGGAAACACUGCUUUGCAUCUGGCAACGAUGGAAAACAAACCGAACGCUAUAGCUUUGCUGCUCUCUAUGAACUGCAAGUUGCUCUACAAUCAGAUCCAGAUGAGCGCCAUCGACUACGCCAUUUACUACAAGUACCUCGAGGCAGCGUUGGCCAUGGUUACACACGAAGACAGGGCCGAAGAGGUAAUGUCGAUGAAGUCCACAAAAUUCCCUUCCGUGCCAUUAGCUCUGAUCGCGUCGAUGCCCAGGGUAUUCGAAGCUGUCCAGGAUAAGUGCAUCAUCAGAGCGAAUUGCAAGAAGGAUUCCAAAUUAUUCUCGAUCAAAUACAAUUUCAGCUGUCUGCAAUGCUCGCCCUUGAUCGAAGACAUCGACGAGAAGACUGGCGAAAAAGUGGUUAUCAGUAAACCAGUACCUCUGCCUGCAUUGAACGCGAUGGUCCAACACGGCAGAGUGGAGUUGCUCGCUCACCCUCUUAGCCAGAAAUACUUGCAAAUGAAGUGGAACUCUUAUGGGAAAUACUUCCACUUGGCGAACCUGUUGUUCUACUGCAUAUUUUUGGGUCUGAUCACGUGCUUCUCGUCGCAGCUCAUGGAGCACGAGGCUUCUCUCGAUUUUAACCAUUUCUACAUGAAAAAUCUUACGGCGGCUCAGGAAUAUUACCAAAGGAAAUCGGAAAUUCUAAAAGUCAAAAUCAGCACCGGAAUGUACAUCUGCGCGCUGGUCAUAAUCCUGUACAUCGUGUUGAACAGCGGCAAAGAGCUGGUGCAAAUCAUUCAGCAGAAGUUCAUGUACUUCAUGGACCCCAUCAAUUUGGUCACGUGGCUUCUGUAUGGUGCCUCGAUCGUCAUGGUGAUGCCGAUAUUCGCCAAUUCCAUAUACGACGUCCAGUUUUCAUUCGCCUCGAUCACGGUGUUCCUCAGCUGGUUCAAUCUCCUCCUCCUGCUGCAGCGUUUCGACCAAGUCGGCAUUUACGUCGUCAUGUUCCUGGAAAUACUGCAAACGCUGAUAAAGGUGUUGAUGGUGUUCUCGAUACUGAUAAUCGCGUUUGGAUUGGCGUUCUACAUCCUGUUAUCUAGAGGGGACCAUUUGUCGUUCAGAUCGAUCCCGAUGUCGUUGAUAAGAACGUUCUCGAUGAUGUUGGGCGAAAUCGACUUCCUCGGCACCUACGUCAAGCCUUACUAUCUGAGCAACAAGGAUGAGAAUACGUUCCUACCAUUUCCCCUUCCGGCGUUCUUGAUUCUGGGGCUGUUCAUGGUACUGAUGCCGAUUUUGCUAAUGAACCUACUAAUCGGUUUGGCGGUUGGUGAUAUCGAAUCGGUCAGGAGGAACGCGCAGCUUAAGAGGCUAGCGAUGCAGGUUGUGCUACAUUCCGAAUUGGAAAGAAAAAUACCGCGAAAGCUCUUGGAAAAGGUCGACAAAUCUGAGGUGAUCGAAUACCCUAAUGAGGCAAAAUGCAAAAAAGGAUUUUUGGACAUCAUUCUGAAGAAGUGGUUCGGAAGUCCAUUCUCUGAAGAAUGUGAAAUCGCGAUGGACAAUCCGGAAGACUACGUCAUCUCAGAAUUGGACAAGACCAAAAGGAAACUGCGGGACAUUUCUCAGACCCUCGAAGCUCAAAACUUACUUCUAAGGCUAAUCGUGCAGAAAAUGGAAAUCAAAACCGAAGCGGAUGACGUGGACGAAGGAAUUUCAAUUAAGACGUCCACAAGUGCUCGGUCCAACAAAUGGACGUCGCCCAAGAUAAGGAAGAAGAUCAAGUCGGUGUUGAGUUUUUCGCAUCGAACCAACAGCGCUUAAUUU